CUCCUCUGCUCAUUUGAGUGUGAACAUCCUCGAGAAUGUCCCUUCUCGCAGGUGCCGUGCGAGGCCAGAGCUGACCGAUGCUGAACGGCUUCCUUUGGAUUUGCGAGGAGCUUCGAUUGGAGCAUUCGGUUGCAGGGACGUACACAUUGUGAGAGAUGGCGGAAAUCGGGGCGGAUAAAAUGGAGAUGAUGAGCGAGCAAGCAGUGGCAGGGAAGUGGAAUUUCAUGCGUUCCGAGCUUAAUCAGUUGUAUAGUAAGAUUAAUGAGCUAGAGCAGGAGCUCAAUGAGCAUCAGCUAGUGAUCAACGCCAUCCAGCCGCUGGACCCGGGUAGGAAGUGUUUUCGCAUGAUCGGAGGUGUUUUGGUUGAGCGCACAGUGGGGGAGGUGCUGCCUGCUGUAAAUCGGAACAAGGAAGGUUUGCAAGAAGUGAUUAGUCGACUCAUGGAGGCGAUGGAGAAGAAAACAAAGGAGUUCGCCGAGUUCGAGGCUAAGUACAAGAUCAAGGUGCGCAAAGGCGAUGAUGCUGUGCCGACGAUGUCUGGGAAGGAAAGCGCUGCUCAAGGCGUUUUGGUUUAAAAGCUUACAUGCCUCGAAUUUUUCAUUUUGGCCACACCAACUAUCACGACCAGCAUUGGAUUCUUGUAGUGCAAAGGCAUAAACAACGUGAAUUAAAUUUGAAGCCCAUGGCCCGCUACUUUACCUCUCGUUACCCAACCAACUGCAUGCUGCUACUUGCCGCUUCGGUGGCCUGGUGUUAGGUGGUGAUGUAUGCAGGUGGUAAGGCGUAUCGUGGUUACGUUGCACUGUAUUUUUCAAAGGUUUGAGAUUGCAUUGAAUUUAGUACAUAAGGAUUUACGGAGGAUGAUCAGAGUCAGUUUGCUGCAGGUUCACAACGCAUUCCACAGUUUUGCCCAAGUAACAUACUUCGUAAGAGCCUUUACCAUCAAGGCUAUCCAUGUUUGUUCAACCACCUUUAAUUUGUCAACGAGAAGAUACACCUUUUUGACGUGA